CUUCCUUCCUUCUUUCCUUCCUUCCUCCUCCCCUCCCUCUUCUUUGCUCACACACUAUGGAGUUUACGGAGAGGAAGAGAAGCAGGAAAUCCCAAAGCUUUAAACUGAUAAAUCAAGAUUAUCAUCAUGAGGCAUACAAGAUCCCUGACUAUAGUAAUGAUGUUAAUGGGGAGGCCAAGGAAGCGCAACAAUUUUAUUUAGGAGAUGAAAGCCGGGAAAUUAAAAAACAAAUUACAGGGAUGAGAAGAUUACUGAAUGACAGCACUGGAAGAAUAUAUCAGCGAGUUGGCAAAGAAGGAGAAAAACUGAAGGAAGAACCCCAGGACUUAGAUUUGGCCUGGGCUCAGCGUCAGAAUACCCCUGCAGAAACCCAGGCAAACCUCCAUCCAACUCAGAGUGGUACUUGGAAUGAAUUAUCCCCCCCGAUAAGCCACUAUUCAGGGCAAUAUGGAACUCGGUAAACCUUCCAAAACCAAGCAAGAACCGUAGGUGCAAAUGGAGAAAUUCCGGUGGCUAAUACUUCCUCUGGCUCAAAUUGUUGUACUUGUAAUUGCCAACCAGCAUUGCAAGCCAUUCUUCAGGAGCUUAAAACCAUGAGAAAGAUAAUGCAGAUCCAAGCAGUUGCUGCUCAGAACAGACAACCACCCCCAGUUCCUCUGGUUUGCACACAGAAAUCAACACUUUCAAGAAAAGAAAUAAAAAGAAAAAUACCUCCAAAGACUAUUGAACCUCUUACUGUGAAUAAAAAGCCCAGCACUGCAGAGAAUGAAAAAAAGCUAUCAGCCAACUCUGAAAGUUCUAGUGUGGAAGCUGCUGAAUCAUCCUCAAAGUUGGAGUCACAGGUUUCAGGAUUUGGCAUUGUCCUUGAAUCUUCAUCUUCAGAUCCAGAAGUGCAACUUGCCGAAGGCUUUGACGUCUUUAUGCCGAAAUCACAACUGGACUCUAUAUUAGCAAAUUACACUCGUUCAGGAAGUCUGCUGUUUCGAAAGCUGGUGUGUGCAUUUUUUGAUGACAAGACCUUGGCCAACUCUUUACCCAAUGGCAAGAGGAAAAGAGGUCUCAAUGACAACCGAAAAGGACUAGACCAAAAUAUUGUGGGUGCAAUAAAAGUGUUCACAGAAAAAUACUGCACUGCAAACCAUGUGGAUAAACUACCCGGCCCAAGAGACUGGGUACAGAUUCUUCAGGAUCAAAUCAAACUAGCAAGAAGACGGUUAAAAAGAGGCUCAGUAGAGACAACUGACUGUGAUGAGAAACUGGACCUUUCUCUACUACAAACAGGUAACCUCUUUGAAACCACACAUUCUGCACCAGUGUUUCACUAGCAGAUCCAGACGUCUUUACUUUUGAGCAGGACACCAGCGCUAUUUUCAGACUACUUCAGUAUCUGUGUUCUCUAUCAUGGCGUCAAUCUUAAGUUUGUUCAUGCUUUUGUAACAUAGGGUAACAAAGCCACAAAAUUACUUGUUUCUUAUUUUAAUCAGAAUAGACUUGUUCAGCAAGGAUAUAGUGCAAUUAAUCCGAUAACCACUGAAAUAGAGCAAAUUUUGUCUUUAUGAUUGCAUUUCCCCACAUAAGUAUAUGCAUGCAUGCUGGCUGUUUGUUCCGUCUUUGACAUUAACAGAGUUAAGGGCCUCCCUUAGAAAGGUGUUCUGAAGGACCCCAUUUCAUAUUGGAUUCUUGUGCAGAAAUCAAAGGACCAAAAAGCUUCAAAGUUAACGAAUCAUUAGUCAUCUGUUCUGAAGACCCUUCCCCCCCUUAGCCUUUGAUUUUCCUUCUUGGAUAAAAAUGGUAAAUUGCCAAGUAUUCUUCUCUGAAUAAGUUGCAAUAUGGUAUUUGACCAUAAGAGUCCCACUAAUUGAUGCUAAUAUAUUGCCUGGUGUUUUGUCCAGAACAAGUAUUGGUGAACGUGGAAUGAAUUGUUCUUAAUAUUGAGAUUACUCAGACAUUUUAUUUUGCAGACCAUUUGGUAUAACAACCCCCCUCAUCUCUCUGGCUUUUGAGUGCCAGCACCAUCUUGUUGUUCCCAAAAAGUUAUUUCAAUAAUUAUUGCUGCCAAUACCCUCCCCAACACUCUUAUACAUGGCUUUUCUGACAUAUUUGCAUGAGAUGUAGGGAAAAUACCAUUACAUUUGGGGUGUGUUGAUUUUCACAGAUGCUCAUGCCUAACUCUUCAAGGAUCUGUCCAGCAGUGCAUUGAAGAGGGGGAAAUGAGUGAUAAGGAAGUGCAUAUAGGAACAUGUAUCCUGGUUUCCUUUGUUCAACUCAAAGGAGCAUAAUAUCACAAUUUCUUCCUGACCACGAGGGGUUCACACAUUUCCUCAACUAAGGAUAAUUCUGUCGUGAAUGGAAUGGGUGUAUAUACCGGUAAUCUUUUUGCACUUACAUUAUGGAAACUAGGUGUUCCAUAGUUACCCGCUGGCUUGAUUUCCAGAAAUCUUCAUCCCUUCAAUGAGAGGAAAUGAUUGUUCAAGUUGGAUCUCCACAUCUUCAGACCUAUGUGUGAAGUGAAAAUGCUCACACAAUUAUUUAUAUGUAAAGAGCAUACCCAUUCACUUACUCCUUAUCUGGCAGGUGUGUGAAUCUGCCAAAA